AUGGCCAUGAAUAUGUGUAGCAAUAGUGGCGGUACUAAUGCUUGUGGAUGCUGUGGUGGUGGUGGUAGCGGCGGCGGAAGUAAUAGUAAUGGCGGUGGUGGUGGUAAUGGUAAUGGUAAUGGCGUUUCCAUAUGGAACUCCGGUAGUAUGAAGAAACAGCAACAGCAAAAACGUCCGAGAAUUCCGAAAAGAGGCCCCGGUGUUGCCGAGCUUGAGAAGAUCUUGAAGGAACAAGAAACAGCUGAUGUUACACCAACGCAGAGAGGGAAUAACGAAGGGUUUUCGAUGUCAUCGUCGUGUUAUAUUCCACAUCCGCCGCAGCCACAGCCAUCGUUGCGGCUGAAUUCUAAUAAUUUUCAUUCACUUCUACCGUUGUCGCAGAAAAUCGAUCUAACAGUGUCACCGGGAAUUAGAUCUAUGUAUGCUAACAGUAAUAUGUCUCCAUUAGGACGGAACAAUGGCGUUGGAUCUAUUGAACAUGAACUAUUUCGUCGUCGAAAUCUUAAUGAAGUUGCCGACGGAAGCCCGUCCGAAUCGGAAAAUUCUUCAUCUAGUGAAUCUAAUCAUGCCAAUUGUUCUUAUCCUGGAAUAGUUUCAAGGAGGAACAAUGUGGAUCCAUUACCUAAGAUGAAUGAAUUUCAUGGGAAUGGUGGCAAUCAAAAUGGAGUUUUGUCAAUCGGAUUGCCCAAUUUUUCAGUGGAGUCCCCUUCAGUCCAAAAUUCGCAUUACAACUACACAUCUAGGUCUAAUGAUGAACAAAUGAUGGCUGGCGGCCGCGUAAAGCGAUCUUAUUCUUCAUCAUUGGACAAUUCUCUGAUUCCGCCUUCAAAUUUCCAAGUUCUUCCGAGUUUCUCACGCCACAAUAGACCCCAACAGUCUUCAACAAAUGAAAGUCAUGGGAUUAGUAGCUACAAUCCCACCAACGAGUGUUACAGGGAUACAAAAUGGGGUAACACUUUGGAGCUAAGUAAUAAGAUUUUCAACUCUGAAAAUGUUGGCUCUAGUCAUACAAAAUAUCCCCCAUUUGUUGUUCCUGAAGUUCCUCCACCUCGACCUCCGUUGCAGUUUUUUCAAAGCAACCAUUCCAAAGUAAACAGGAUUCCUUGUCAAGUCACUGAAGACAAAGUAGAGAAUUCAAAUGAAGAAGAUCGUAAACCUUUCUUUAACUUCUUAGAAGUGAAGGGCCAAGAAGAGGUGACAGAUGGAACAAGUGGAUCAAAUAAUGGAGGAGAUGAAGGAGGAAGAGGUGGCAUUGAUCUUACAUUGAAGCUCUAA